UUGACGCAUGCUCAAACAUAAUGACAUUGUUCCUCUGGUCUCUCUAUUUUUCUUUCUCUCUCUCUCUCUCCACGGUUGGUAGGCUGGAGCGCAGCAGCUGUGUGAUGUGUCUGAGUGAGGGGAGCAGGAUUGGGAGACUGGUCUGGAGAACGUUUGGUCGGCAACUGCGAUCAGACGGUGGUUGAAGGAGACAGCUAGACCAAGAGUGCAACCUUGGAGGCUCACUAACACACCCGGAAGGAGCGAAGGGGUGUGUAAGAGUUGAAAGAUGUAUUUCUAUAAUCUGACUGAAUACGGGAUAAAUACGUUUGGUUGAUGAAUGACUGGUGCUCGGGCACAGUGAGCUUCGCCCCAGCGGGAAUCGUUAGGUCGCGAGACAGGUGCGUAACCAUGGAAUCAACUCAUCUCCUUGACGGUUCCAAGAAACGUGUGAAGAUCCACCCUCACACCAUAACCGCCAAGUACGCCCCACACACACCGCACACACACACACACUUUCCCCAGCCUGGGGAUGAGGGCUAUGAUGACGCUCCCUCCUUCGAGGACUUCGGCUCCUUCCUGGACGAGACCUCGGAGAGGAAACAGCUGACAGGAACUAGGAAGUGGACAGGAAGAGCCAGCUCUCUGUUUGGAGGGAAGGACAAAAACAAAGACACGCCCCCUAAACCACCCACAGUAGGAUCAGAGGAGGAAGGAGGGAAGGGUCCAGGAGGAGGAGUGGGGGAGCAGUUGGCGAGUUUUGGCGAGGCGUCAGUCUCGGCAUCUCGGCUGACAUGGGCUAGUCUGGUUGGGGCGGCAUUGGCUCACGGCUGUGUGUGUCUUCUGACCCGUCUGGCUGCCUCACGCUUUCACCUCCCCCCCUUAACUCUCCUCUUGGUUCGCUCCAUACUUCAGCUGCUCUAUGGGACUGUACCAAUGAAACAGGCAGAAACGGCCUUCGGCUCAAAGGGCUAUCGGCGCAAACUGCUCCUGUACGGCUUGACUCACUCCUUCUCUCUCUGCUGUGCUUACUCAUCGCUGUCCUUCAUCUCCCCAAGCCAGGAUGAAGCUAUGUUGACAGCCUGGCGCAUGGCCACCACCGUCCUGUCCGCCACUCUGGCGCUGUUGCUCCUGGACGAGAGGCUGGGUUUGGUCGAUCUUGUCACAGUAGCAACAGGUGUGUUAGGGCUGGGUCUGGCGCUAGUUCCGAACCCCACAGGGUUGGUUGGGGACAACAACGGGACUAUUUCAGAAAUGCCCAGCGCAGUCACACCGGCGCAACAGUCAGCCCAGUUCUGGCGGGAAGCUUUCGGCUGGUCCCUGAGCGUGCUAGCAGGAUUGUGGAUGGCUCUGGCUCUGGUGAUGUACCGCUCCCUUAAGGAACGGGUCAGUAUCGGCACUGCCCUGUUCACAGUCAGCUGGACCGGGUGUCUGGGCACUCUAGCUUCCAUGAUUCUCCUCCAAGAGGGACCGGUGUGGCCAGCCAGUCUUCAGGCUUGGUGCGUCGUUGUGGGGGUGGCCGUGUGCUCAGCCGGGGGGUUCGUCGGGGUGACCCAUGGCCUCAUCCGACUUCACCCAGCUUUGGUGUCAGCUACACAGGGCCUGGAAGUGCCAGUUGCAAUGGUGCUUGAGAUUGCCGUGAUGCCAUUGGUUCCCUCAGUGUGUGAAGUCAUAGGGGGUGUGGUGGUCGUGAUGAGCGUGGCUUGGCUUGUUAUAGUGAAGCUCCUCCCCUCUCGAGGAAGUGGCAGAAAACAGAGGGAGGAGUAUGAAGAGAUCCUGGAUUCACCAAUUAAAUAACACACACAAACACAAUGUAGACCACUCCCCUUCUAUCUUUCUCCAUCUCUCCAUCUCUAUCUUGGUCUAAGGUCAGCGUGUUUAACAGAACUAUCAAUGCCUGAGGCAAAGGUCUUUAUUCACAGGUCCAGAAUCAGAUUACACCAAUACCUAUCAUAAGUUAAAACAUUAGGAGGUAUCACCAUAGCUGACUCUGGGUCAGAGGUUAGGGACAACACCUACCCACUCCAGUGCGUGUAGUAGAUGGAUCUAUUUUGUAUCGUUGUGGUUAGUGUUGUAAUGUGCCAAUAUCGUGGUGUCCUAUUGAUUAUUGUGAUGUCAAAUUAAAACUUCACUGGGUAA